CCAACUUAUCUGCUGCACCUUAAUUACACAAGCCCGCCAGCACCCCUCCUCCUGACAUGUCGCAGUUUCGACUCCACUCUCUCUGAAUUGCGCUCCUGACUUUGCUUCCCCCACGCGUCUUGAAUUGCGCCCUUGCUUUGCGCGGGAUUUUGCCCUCGUCCGCUGUCGAUACCUUUCAAGUCAUCCUCUUCACUGGUCAGGGGCUUGUAGCUCCCUAUCCUCAGCAUGGAGAACGAUCACAUGGUUCAAUCGAAGACGUCUUCCCGUACCCGAAUCCCAACUGUCGGUCUGAAAGAAAUGAAUCCGGCUUCAACCAACGCCCGCUCGGGGCUCGUGCAACCCGGAACAAUCGCUGGCGCCGUCAUAAGUAAGAACUCAGGCCUACCGCAGCCGGGUCGUCCACGAAGCACAACUCAGUCCGGCGCGGCCACCUCGACAUCCCGUACCGCUAGCAGCACAACUAAGACGCACGGCCGUGCGAACACUUAUAGCUCCAAUACUCUGGGCCGGUCUGCAUCUACUGUCUCACGAACCAAGUCGACCAUUUCAUCUACCACCGGGCCCACCACGCGACCGCAUACGAGCAUGUCGCGCUCACAUACUGUUACCAAUUCCCGGAGGCCAAUGGCCAAUGCCAUUCCCCGAGCAGCAACGGCAAUGGGCUCCCGUGAACAAGAGGACUCGGAGGGCACCAUACUUGGAAAACGUAAGGGUGGCGAGUGGGACCAGGAUCUCCGAGAACGACGAAUGUACGAUUUGGUGCGAAGCGUGGAGGAACGUGUCAGUCAACAUGGGCAGUCAAACUCAGUAUUGAAAGAUGCGCUAGAUUUAUACAAGUCUAGAGUAAGUGAGCUGGAGGCAUCAUCGAAAGAACUUACGGAAACGAAUGUUACACUGCGCGUUGAGAUGGGCUUGAUGGGGAACCGACUAGCCGCAGCGGAGAAAGCACUUAAAGACGCACAAAGAGAUCAUGAGAUCGUUGUCGACGACCUCAACGCCCGUCGAUGUAUCGAAACAGAGACAGCCCGACUGGAGAGCAGAAAAGAAAUGGAGGCCAUAUACUCUCGGCACCAGGAGGAGAUUCACGAACUGAAACGACGCUUCGCGAACGAAAUCGAGGGUGAAAGGGCUGCGCGAUUGCGUGAACUCAACCAAAUCGCUUCACAAUCUGCACUUGACACGCAACGAUCAAAUGUCGAGCUUGACAAGAAGGAGCGGGAGAUCGCCAGCCAGCAACACGAAAUAAACACUCUGAAGGCAGACUUGGAACGCGAGCGCAAGAACAACAGAGACCUAAGACACAAUCUGGAUACAGCGAGCACGAACACUGUAACAAUGGAGUCAUCAGUGCGUGCAUUGAAAGCCCGUAUCGAAUUCCUCGAGUCCGGUCGCGAAGAGCAGUCCCAGGCUUUCGAGCGGCUGAAUCAGCAGAUGAUGGACGCAUUAGCUGAAACGAAUGCCACGAAGGAGAAGCUCCGCAAAGAAGAAACCCUGAGAAGGAAGCUUCACAACCAAGUACAAGAGCUGAAAGGCAAUAUUCGAGUCUUCUGUCGAGUUCGCCCCUCAUUACCUUCGGAUCCCGUCACGCAGGUCGCCCAGAUUCAAUAUCCUGAUGAGGCGGAGGACUGCAAAGAGAUCGCGGUGCUGGGCCCUGAAGAGAAGAGUAGUCUUGGAUCAAUCUCCAGAAAGAACAGCAACUUCUCAUUCGAUCGCGUGUUCAGACCAUCCACCCAGAAUGCGGAAGUGUUCGAUGAAAUUAGCCAACUUGUGCAGAGUGCUUUGGAUGGAUACAAUGUGUGUAUCUUCUGCUACGGCCAAACCGGCAGUGGUAAAACCUAUACUAUGUCAUCCCUCGACGGUAUGAUUCCUCGGGCAGUGCACCAGAUCUACGAGACCGCGAUGGGCUUGGAAGAGAAGGGCUGGCGGUACACGAUGGAAGGAAACUUUGUGGAGGUGUACAACGAGAACUUGAACGACUUGUUGGGCAAUCCCGAUGACCUGGACAAGAAGAAGCUCGAAAUCCGGCAUGACAUGCAGAGAGGAAAGACGAUCAUAACCGAUGUUACUACUGUUCGCUUGGAAUCGCCUGAGAUGGUCGAAACCAUCCUCAAGAGGGCGGCCGCCAACCGCUCUGUCGCCGCAACCAAAGCCAACGAGAGAUCUUCCCGGUCUCAUUCAGUCUUCAUUCUCAAGCUCAUUGGCGAAAACGACAUUACAGGCGAACGCAGCGAGGGAACCCUCAACCUGGUGGAUUUGGCCGGCAGUGAGCGACUCAGCCACAGCGGUGCCACUGGCGAGCGUCUGCGCGAGACACAGAACAUCAACCGCAGUUUGAGCUGCUUGGGCGAUGUGAUCGCUGCCCUGGGACAGGGCAAAGAGGGCGGUCAUAUUCCUUACCGCAACAGCAAGCUAACCUACCUCCUUCAAUUCUCCCUCGGUGGCAACUCCAAGACCUUGAUGUUCGUCAUGGUCAGCCCGUUGCAAGCCCACCUGGCGGAAACCUUGACCAGUCUCAAAUUCGCCACCAAAGUACAUAACACGCAUAUUGGGACGGCCAAGCGGCAGGCGCGGGUUCGUGAAUGUUAAUCGCGGGGAUUUUGGCGGCUUGAAAGAUACCAUUUGAUUUAUCUUCGUUGUAUGUUUGUUGUGCUACGUUUACACUGUGGGAUGUUGGCCUUCAUGAACCAGGCCUUGGCAGCGGAGUCUUGGAGUCUGCUUUUAUUAUGUGAUUAGGUCCAAGAGCAAUAUCAGCC